CCAGGUGAAUAUCUCUGCAUUAGCGCCGCGCCAGAACACAACACUUCAUCAAGACAUCAGUGUGUGUUUUCCUAUCAUCGUACUUGCGACUUUUCCUGUUUGUUUGGUCUCGCGCCGGCGGGUGAAACUCAAAGAGAGAAGGAGCACGCGAGCAGGUGUCAGACGGCAGAAAAAUGGGAAGAAAGAAAAUACAAAUUUCUCGUAUUCUGGACCAGAGGAAUAGACAGGUGACUUUUACCAAGCGUAAAUUUGGCCUGAUGAAGAAGGCGUAUGAGCUGAGCGUGCUGUGUGACUGUGAGAUCGCGCUCAUCAUCUUCAACAGCACCAACCGCCUGUUCCAGUACGCCAGCACAGACAUGGACAAAGUGCUGCUCAAGUACACCGAGUACAGCGAGCCACACGAGAGUCGCACCAACACCGACAUACUCGAGACUCUGCGUAGGAAAGGCCUCGGUCUCGACGGCUCAGAGCUCGACAGUGAGGAGAGCAUGCAGGUGGCUGCAGACAAAUAUCCUCUGAGUGAGGGCAUGGAUCUCUCUGUGGCUCGCCAACGCUUCUAUACCCCAACGCUCCUCUCACCAGAGGCCCAGUUCCUGGUGUCUGCAGGUUGUGAGAACGGCUUUGCCAACUCCUCUGGAUCCAGCACAGCGUCGCAUAGACCUCCGGGAUUUAAAACUCUGAGCUCGAGACCCGGCUCUGCCAGUCCUGCUGCCCCACACACGCACUCUGCAUUCAUGUCUCCACACUCAGGUAUCGGCUACUCGGUGUUCUCUCACGGCAACCUGAAUCGAAGUCUAGACAUGAAAAGCCCUCCGCCUCUGAACCUGGGUGUUGAGAACCUGCGGGGGGAUGCUUCUAAUCAGGGCAUAGGGGCCACACGUGCUAACCACAGCUCUGCUAGGGGUGUCUUGUACCAGGGCCUGCACAGCGGAAGCUCAAUGGUAGCGAUGGGGAAGGCAGGGCUGCUGGGUCACAGUUUGGGAGGUUACGGCCUUCCCUCUCCUGGAGCCUCUGAGUAUGGCCAGCCUGGUUUUUAUCACUCUGUUAGUCUACAGCGAGGAGCAAUGAACCCCUGGCAGCCUCCACAGCCGCCUCAGGAGCCCCAUGGGCCUCAUAUAAACCCAGGUAUGUCCAGUGGAGGGUGCUCCUUCCCCUCUCAGUCCUGCUCCUCAUCCUCUCCACAUCUGCCCUCCCUCAACCUCAGCAUCAAAUUGGAGCGUAGCUCUCCUGAGCACAUGUCCUCUCCCACCUCCCCUCCUCUACACCACCUCAGGCAGCACUCUCCAAUGAGCAACCCCGACUCGGCUUGCCAAACCCCUCCAGAAGCCCGUCCGGCCAAUGAGGUGAAGGAGUUUCCUAAAGCCGGCUACCCACAAGACGAAGAGGAAGGAGGCCAGGCGCUCAGGCAGUUAGAGAUAAGUGAUGGGUGGCAGAGAUAGCUGGCUGCUGCAGUAUAACACCAUCUCCCAUUCAAUCAGCUAUCUUCCAUCAAAACCAGUCCUCUCACGCACGCGCGCACACACACACACACACACACAGAUAUAAAACACAGAAGAUAGCGGGAUGGGGUCGAUUUGUCCCCAUCAUCCCAGAGAGGAAUGCCUCUCUUUGUCUCCUCACUCAGAGCUGGUCUCUCCUUUCUCUGUAUUGUUUGAUUGAUCCCACGAGGAGACAGACGCACACAGACAUUUGCUUUUUGUUUGGUUAUAGGUUAUAUAGGUUUUCUGCGUGGAGCUAAUGUGAAUCAAAAAUACAAUCUGAAAUGUUUUGUUCUUGUUAAAGUUAGCUACAGCAGCACAUCGGGACCAGCUGAAUUUCUCCAAAACAGUCUGACCACAUAUCUGGCUUCAGGGGUCUUCAGUGUUUGAUGUAGGUUUGGAAAAUUUUCUGUACAACUAUAUUUCACUGUCUUGGUAUAAAUGUUACAGUGAAGAGCAAACAACAAAUGGAAAAUGACUCAUCACAGCAGCCAGAAGAAACCACUGAGUCUCUGUGUCGACCUUUACACACAUUAUGGCCCUCUUGUUAAAUAAGCUUUAAUGUUUUAGCCUUUAGCUAAAAAUAGCUGACAUGAUCUCCCCACAGAAAACCAGUUAGAUAUCACCCGUCACUGGAGCCUCGGCCUUUUUUGAAACACAUUUUAAAGGAUGAAUUUACAUCUUUUUAAGUCUGUCUUAAAACAAUUCUCACACACCCAUAUGUACAAUUUAAGUUUUUGUGUCUGUAAUAUUUACUCAUGUCCAUACAGACAGCGAAAAUAUCGUUUUAUAAUAACACUGAAAUAUAAGAAUGCCCCAUAAUGGCCAAGUCCUUGGCAGCUUCCCGGGUUGAAAUCCGACUUCCGGCCUGUUGCUGCUUGUCAUCUGCUCUCUCUCCUCCUUUUCCUCCAGCGGCACUAUCCAUUAAAGAAAAUAAUAGCCCCAAAAAUAACCUUUAAGUUUAAAAAACCCAAGGAACUCCUCAAAAAAGAUUCUUCACACGGGGGCGGUGCCUUACGUCACCCGUCUCACAGUGUUGUGUGCCUGAUGCUCGUUCUUUUCGGCUUGCUUCAGGUCAAUUUUUGGUUAAGCUUGCAAAAAUGUAACUUAAAAUAUUGUUUAUUAACCUAAUCUUUGCUGUAACCCAAACGUUAGACCCACAGAGGACUUCAUACCUAACUAUAACUUCAAACAGCACAACUUAUUUUUUUGUGAUCAUCGAUUUACAAAGUUACACUGAGAUUUUUGCUCCCUGUACUGCUGCAUGACUGCAACCGUGACAAGUCGUCCCUGCAGAUUUUCAAAUGACUUUAAAGGGUCCAAUAAUCAUUUCUAUGCAGAUGAGUGGUCUGUACAGAAAACAUUGUAGUGUGUGGCAUCAAUAAAUGACCAGCACAAACAGAUUUACAAGGCAGACUAUUAAUUUCCAUGCACAUGUCUGAGAACAUAUAUACCAUAUAUAGAAAAAAAGGAACAGAAUAUUUUGUUUGCCUUCAAACAUGUUUUAUUCAGUCUAAUUUGUUGAACACAGAAAAAAAGAGGAGUGUUAUAGGUGCUAUUUGGAUAAAAGGAAAUAUGUGACCAAAUAGGGAGGGAGAGUUUGGACUUGUAAUUUGCUUUGUCAAUAAAUUAUGACCAAAAAAAGAAAGACAAAAAAAGCCAAGGCAUACUGCUUUGUUAAAAAGCCUUUAACCCUUUGAAACCUAAAAAAAAUGCCAUAAAAUAAGACUAUGAGCAACUUAAGAAGAAAA